UGUUCAUCCUUACCUACUCCUCUCCCCUCCUGAGAUUCAGUUCUACAUAGAUCGGGCAAGUAACACACGUGGACCUAACCCUCGGCCGCUUGCUCCGCUGCCCUCUCGUCUCUCCUUCGCGAAUCUCUGGCGGCGCCGCACCGCAGGCGCUGGUGGAAGGACCGGCCAAAGGCGGCGGGUUGGACGGGGGCUAGGGGAACCAGGAGCACCCCAGCGGGCGCGGGGGCGGAAGGCGGCGAGCGGGGAGGCGGGGAACCACAGCGGUGGCGGAAGGAGGCGAUCGGGGACGUGGGGGCAGGCAGGAAACAGCAGCAGCGGCUGGUCGGGAAGAGCAGCGGUGAUCACAGACCGUGAACGCGCAACUGCAAUGGCUCCGAUUUGUGGGAGCAAAGAGUUCUUGGAUGAUCUGACAAUCAAAGUCUCUCGCUCAGUUGUACUUGUUCUGUCAUUCGAACCCCGUGGGACUUGCCAUCAAUUUAUGGGUAUACCACCGAUGGAAGGAGAAGAGCGAGGUCGUUAUAUUCAACAAAACAUGCGAACUACCCAUUAUAAAUCUUGCACUGGCUUUAUCAUUGGAGUUAGUAAAAGAGUUAUCUUUAUAGCUGUCCAUCAUUCGCAAAUCAACACAGCUGCUUUUGAUACUUUCAGUGUUCGUUUCCAUGAUAAUAAUGAGAAGGCUGCUAAAAUCUUUAUCAAAAAAACAAAGUCAGUCACGAUAUUGUCAGUAGAACAGCCUGAUCACCCUUAUCAUCCAGUGGUCCGCAGUAGAAAGAGGAUUGGCAGGGACGAUGUCCUCAUUCUAUCAAAUGUGCACUUGGGUUGCUUGAAUUCGGACCAAAGUUCUGUUAUUAACCCAAGAACUGAAGCUAUUGCCAAUCCUGCUGAUUCCGACAGCAUCGUGCCGAGAAGUGGGAAGUGGUUUACUUUUGGUUGUACAACCAAAUUUGAAGAGCUACUGGGAGCACCCGUAUUUGACUUCAGUGGUCUGUUUGUUGGUUCAGUAGACACCAGUCAUCCAAGAAUAUGGAGUGAUGAAUGUUAUUCUGAUCUGAUUUAUGCACGUCAUGCCCGGUAUUUUUUCAGGAAGGCAAGGAGGAAAAUAGAGAAGAAAUUGAUGAAAGAGCGAAAAAAGAAGAAGAUGGGAGGUUAGAAGAAGCAAGAAGAGAGGUCAUGAGCAGGUCAGACUUCUGAUUUUCUGCAUACUUCUGAUUUUGCUGCUGCUAUUCUUGCUUCUAUCAAAUUGGUUGUAGGUGCUUUAGAGUUUAAACACGUCAUUCAAUUGAUAAUUAAUCUGCUUUAAACAGUUGCAUUGUUAGUACAAAUGAAUUUUGAAAACGACUGAGGUUGUUAAUUUGGCAACUCAGUUUCUCAAUCAUUUCUGACUUUGUGGAUGUGUGUAUUCGAUUGCCUUUCUUGCAAUUGAACCUUGUACACGUAGUUUGGAUUUUGUUCAAGUGGUGUCAGUGUAAGAGCACACAAGCUAUCAUACCUUCUCUUGUGCAACUCCAGUUAAAUGCACCUGUUACAUACUACAACCUGUAUUUUUGUUUAUAAUAUUCUUUGUUUCAUGUUUUGGUUUGAAUUCCAUGAAAGUUCCUAUACUGUAUGGGAGUAACACAAAAAUUAAGAAACUUAAUUUUGGUUGCACUUGAUACUCAGAGUGCUCUUUUCAGACACAGUGUCUGUGAUUGUGAUUUCUGUGAGAAAUCUUGGUAUAUAUGAUAUGUAACAUUAACUUUGCGCUUUGAUUCCUUAGCUUCUUUCGUUCAUUGUGCCUUACUCCUUUGAACUGGUAAUAAAAUGUUUACAGUUAGAAUGCAACAAUUCUUCUUCACACGUGGUCCUGGAUUAAUCAUUUAACUGUAUGAGAUUGAUAAGUAGUGCAGCGUGCUAUCGUUUGCACAAUCCACUGAAAUCCUAAUCCCUGCAUGGAGAUCACAAGCUAUGGUUGCCUAUAUAAGUACGACAGCAACUCUAGAUUUCUAUCACUAGAAAGAAUCAGUUUGUAUGGUGCUGCAUGUCCAUUUUUCCAUCACUAGGAAAAAUAAAUAUGAGUUGAGCUAGUCUAAUCACACUAUAUCUCCAUUUGAUUUUUAUCGAGUUACUUGUAACAGUUUAGCCAAUUGUAAGUGGAAUUUUACUAGAAUCACACCUUCCGUUUUUCUUUUGACGCAAAACCUUGGAUAUUUUCAGUAAGAAUUGACAGUGUCAAGAACUCAAGGUUAGUAAUGCCGUAGAUGGUUUGGUUACUACUCAAUCUGUAUUCUUAUCUUUCUCCUACUUGUUUGGUCACUGAGAACAGUUCUGCAUGUAAUUCUUAUGAUUCAGGGUGCCGACUCCUAUGGUCUAAUUGCAAUUUUGUACAUGAAGUGUCAUGCCUUCUUCACCAACUCGCAGUGCCUACAAAGCUUCAAUUCAACUUUAUUUUGAAUGUCACAAUGCAUAGAUGCAGUCUUUACCAAGUUCACUGAACAUUGCUUUCAUGGGUGGACCGAUCAUAAGCAGCCUGCUAUAUUUGUCUCAUGUAUCUGAAAAGGAUAGUUCCAUCUCAGCCAAACCAUGGAUCAGUCUUCGUUGUGCUAAAUGAGGGUAUAAGCUCAGUUUUACUCAUUUGGGUUCAGUGGUUAUCUCGUUUGACUGAUAAAUCUUGGUUUUACUAGGUUGAUUUGUGUGUUACUUGA